AUGGGUGAAUCCACCAACGAAACGUGGACCUGCUCGAUAUGUAGUCAUUCCCAUCCGGUCAAGGAGACCUACUGCCACAUAUGUCUUUACUCCCGCCCGAUGGAUCGCCGCGGUGUGCCGCAAAUCUUCGCCGGAUAUGCGAUUCACUUCAAUGGUGUGAUUCCGCGUACGCUUAUACAUCCAAGUCAUUCCAUCGAAUGGCGCAUGGCAGAGAGGCAUGGGGCCGUCUGCAUCCCUAAGUUCGACCCGGUAACUGUGAAUUUGCUUGUCUACCGCCAGGGCUACGAGCGCAGUGAGAAGACUCGUUUAUGUGUAGAAUACCACACACACAUCCCCGCGGUGCCGAUUACGUGGAUGAUGGAAUCGUUGAUGCAAUCGAGGCAGAUUCGUCUAGGACUAUACCGCCUCACUACCAUUCCAGCUGUGGCAAACGCUUCCAUGAGUGGUAACGUCAUUCCUCAUCAUAAUCACCCAUAUUACCAUCUAAACAAGAUGGACUACAUGAUUCCGACAUCGAUUCCAUCAAACCAUGCAGCAAAUUCGUCUGCAGAAUCAAAUGCGACGUCGAGGAACGCUAGUUUUAGUUCAAGGCUCCACUUGCGAGCAGUCUCAGGGGCGAACUUGCCUCCCACUUUCGAUAUAAAACCUCCACGUUUUACCAACAUAGAUGUGUACGAUGCAGUCGUCGCCUGUGCGCAGCGCGCGAGCAGCACAAAUGGUGCUGAAAACAUUAGCAAAGAGAACCGCGUAACGGGAUCACGGAAAGGCAAGACUGAAAUUCACUUAAUUAAAUCUAUGCAGCAAAACAAUAGCAUCAGCCCAGUUCUUUUCACUGGUAUCAAGAUUGUCCUAUCGCCUUCUUUGGAAGAAAAUAAGACUGUAUUGAAGGCGUUGCAGGCCUGCGGAGCCACUGUCAUGAGUCCUUGUGAGAACCUCGAACAGGCCCUUAGAUCGGGCUUCACGCAUGUCAUCUACGCCCAUGAAGACAAGAAGUCGGACUUUAUGAUCGCCGCUGCCUAUUUGAAAUCUUCUGCAUUUCCUACGGUUCAGCUGAUCCAAUCCAAUUGGCUGGAGGAUUGUUUUAUGGUUGGAGAAGCGAUCCCUGCAUGUGGUAUGUAUGUCCCAACAGCGAAACUCAUGGAAACAUUUCAAAAAAAAAGCAUGAAGAGAGAUUUCAAGCGGUAUCUUAUCAGCACAAAGUAA